GGAUGUUGCGGAACAUCCGAAUUUGGAAAAAGCUGUCGACGAGGAUGGGAUUCGAACCCACGCGUGCAGAGCACAAUGGAUUAGCAGUCCAUCGCCUUAACCACUCGGCCACCUCGUCAGCUGCUGUCACCGUGUGGAGAAAUUGCUCUUCAUCACCGGCGGUAAAUCUCAGAUUGAAGAUGGUGGACUCCCAGUACUACCUGCCAAAUGACAUUGGUAUCGCUGCACUUGAUUGUUGCGAGGCCUUCCGACUGCUUUCACCAAGGGAACGGAUGUAUGCCCACCACCUGUCACGUGCAGCCUGGUAUGGUGGUCUGGCUGUGCUGCUGCAGACGUCACCGGAGUCGGCAAACAUCUUUGUCCUGCUCCAGAGAAUUUUCCGGAAGCAGACGCCUGCUCAGCUGGAACAGGUCGCAACAGCAGUAGGACUCAGCUCUGAGGAGUACCUGGCCUUUUUGGUGUAUGCAGCUGGUCUGUAUGCCAACAUGGGGAACUACAAAUCCUUUGGAGACACCAAGUUCAUCCCAAAUCUGCCCAAGGACAAGCUGAAAGCUCUGGUUUGGGCCAGCCAGGCAUUUCAGGAUCAACCUGGUGAGAUGGAGGCUCUGUGGAACAGCUGCUCCUGUCCCCUGUACUCCCUGGAAGACAGACAGAAACAGCUGGGGCUGGGCGACAAGGGCAUUACCACCUACUUCUCAGGGAACUGUGGUCUGGAGGACGCUGAGCUGGCUCAGAAGUUCCUCGACUCGCAAAACCUGUCUGCCUACAACACUCGUCUGUUCAAGAGGGAGAACGGAGGGAAAGCCUGCUAUGAGGUCCGCUUGGCGUCAGCCGUGCAGAAAGAUUGUGCAAUGGAUGGAGAGAGCGACUCGCACUGUGGCAACUUCAACUUUGAAGAAAAAGAGUUCACAGUGAAAAGGGGAGACUAUGCUCCCCUCAUGGAGAAAGUCAGCUACUACGUCCAACAGGCACAGGCCCAUGCUGCCAACGACAACCAGAAAAAGAUGCUGGAGGAAUACAGACGUAGCUUUACCUUUGGCUCGAUUGAAGCCCAUAAAGAGGGCUCACGCUACUGGAUCAAAGACAAGGGACCAAUCGUAGAGAGUUAUAUAGGUUUCAUAGAGAGCUACAGAGAUCCAUUUGGCUCCAGGGGAGAGUUUGAAGGGUUUGUGGCGGUUGUGAACAAGGCGAUGAGCGAGCGUUUUGCCAAGCUGGUGAGCUCAGCAGAAAUCCUGCUCCCUGAGCUGCCGUGGCCCAGGGACUUUGAAAAGGACAUUUUCCUCAAACCGGACUUCACAUCCCUGGAUGUCCUCACCUUUGCUGGCAGUGGAAUACCAGCUGGCAUCAACAUCCCAAACUAUGAUGACAUUAGACAGUCAGAGGGCUUCAAAAACGUGUCGCUAGGCAACGUGCUUGCUGUAGCUUAUGCUACACAAAAAGACAAACUCACCUUUCUGGAGGAGGAGGACAAGGAUGUGUAUAUAAAGUGGAAAGGCCCAUCAUUUGAGGUGCAGGUUGGACUUCAUGAGCUGUUGGGCCAUGGCAGUGGCAAGCUGUUUGUCCAGGAUGACAAGGGCAAGUUCAACUUUGACCAGAGCAAAGUGAUCAACCCGGAGACCGGGGAACAGGUGUCCAGUUGGUAUCGGGGCAGUGAGACCUGGGAUAGUAAAUUCUCCACCAUUGCCUCUUCGUAUGAAGAAUGCCGUGCUGAAUGUGUUGGGCUCUACCUCUGUCUCAACCAGCAAGUACUCAGUAUCUUCGGCCAUGAAGGUCAGGAUGCAGAGGACGUGGUGUACAUCAACUGGCUGAACAUGGUCCGAGCCGGCCUGCUGGGCCUGGAGUUUUACACACCAGAAAGCAAGAGCUGGAGACAGGCCCACAUGCAGGCUCGCUUUGUGAUCCUGCGUGUGUUGCUGGAGGCCGGGGAGGGCCUGGUGGGCCUCGAGGAGAUGACAGGACAGGACGGCAGGCCUGAUGCUCGGAUCACACUGGACCGCAGCAAGAUCCACACUGUGGGCAAGAACGCCAUCCACAGGUUCCUCUGCAAACUGCAGGUGUUCAAGUCGACAGCGGACGUGGAGGGCGGCCGGGCUCUCUACGACAGCUACUCAGCUGUCAGCGACGGUGGCUCUCACAACUUCCUGCGUCUCCGGGAGACGGUGCUGCUGAGGAAGGAAGCUCGCAAGAUGUUUGUCCAGGCCAACACCAGAAUUAACGGGGACAGUGUAGAGCUGGUGGAGUAUGAGGGCAGUGCGGCAGGCUUGAUUCGCUCCUUCAUUGAGCGUUUCCAAGAAGACGCAGAGCAGCUGGAAGCUGACCUGUUGGAGCUGAACAAAAGAGACGCCCCCUGCUGGUGCUGUUAAUGGUGCUGCCUUUGAGAAUACCAACUGAUAUCUUUUUUUUUUAUAUGCAUAUACCAUAUGUGAAAGUAAGCUGAACUUUUUAAGGGUUAAUUCACCACAAAAAACUGCAAAAGCACCAUUAUCUAUUUAGGAGACAUCUCUGAUGAAACUGAAUGAAAGGUUGUAGUGUAAACGAAGCAAUAGCCCUGGAACAAAUCUGCUAUAGACAUCAGCCAAAAUUUCCCAGCCACAGUGUUGGUCCAACAUCAGGUCUGCCUUUGAUAAAUAAUAGAAUCACUGUAGGAUUAUGAUUGAAUCAAAUGAAGGAGCUAACAAAUAAUGCUACACCAUCACUUUUAGAUGCUUUCGGGAAGACUAGUUAUUAAAUAAUGGAAGAUUCACAGCUUUGAAAUGUUGUCCAAGAUAACACUGCCUGGAGUUGGAAAGAAAAGAGGUGAACAUCUAUAGUUGUCUCUCUCUUUCUGACCAAUCCACAAACCUUUACAUACUGUAUCAACAAUUACAUGUUUUGUUUUGUCUAAACUCAAGAUAAGAAUAAGGCAUGGGUUGAAUUUUACAAUGAACUUUCUGGGAGUUUUGAGCUUUGCAGCUUGGUCAUAAAGCGAGUUAUUAGUUCCACCAUAUUGCUGGAUAACGUUUGGACCAGCUCAUUUUUGCUGUUGCCUAGUUCCCCCGCUACUUCAACGUUGGGUGUAAGACAUGAUGUUAAUUAGAAAGCAAAAGAAUAUGAUCUUGUGCUGAGCGGUUCAUCUUUGCAGGUCAGUAAACCUAAAUAGGCUUUUUCUUUCCAUGGAGAUAAAGAGAUCUUUGAUGACUUGACCAUACAUGAUUAUGCUGUCUCUGGUAGGCAUCAACCAGCUCUAUAUGUAACAAACUUGAUGUAUUGAAUCUGCACAAAUAAAAAUUGUUUGAUAAGA